AUGGCUAUCAAAGGGUGUUGUUCCGUGGUGAAGUACCUGGUGGUGCUGGUGAAUCUACUGUUUUGGGUCGUCGGGUUUUUAAUCGUUUCGUUGGCCAUCUGGAUGCUGUCGGAUCCGACCUUCCUGAUAUCGAUGACCCAAAACGAAAAGAACUACACGAUCGGAUUAUAUAUCUUUCUGACGGUCGGUGGUCUAAUGCUGAUCGUCGCCUUUCUUGGGUGCUGUGGCGCAUUUAAGGAAUCACAGUGGAUGCUAACCUCGUUUUUCUGCUGUCUGUUGAUGGUGCUAGUUGCAGAGCUGGCGGCUGGCGCUUGGGCAUUCCAAAACUCCAACAAACUCGACAAUGUGGUCCGUUCGGCAGUGAAGGAAGCGGUACAAACACAGUAUGGUGUUAUACCCACCCGUACCGCCACACUGGAUGCUAUUCAGAAGCAUUACAAGUGCUGCGGUGCCGAAGGACCGAAUGACUGGCAAUCAAGUGCAUUCAACAACGUGGAACGUCCGACGCUCAGCGUAGAAAUCUCCAAUCAACCGGCCAGCUACAAGGUGCCGGAGACCUGCUGCGUGGCCAACAUCACCCCGGAACAGUGCAAAAGAGCUACGCACAUGGAAUUUCUGGCAUCGAUGAAGACGAAGUCAGAUUUAUUCGUGGACGGUUGCAUGGAAAAGUUAGUGAAGGCGGUACAGGAAAACAUCAAAUUAAUCUGCUACGUUGGUGCUGCCAUCGUGGGUAUUGAGCUGCUGACGCUGAUACUUUCCUUGCUGCUAUGCUGCGCAAUCCGCCGGAACGAUAAUUACAAACACUAA